AUGGACAAAAGAUUCGCGGUAUCCCUGAUGGAGGCUGUGACGCUGCCAGAUAAUUAUCAACUUCCCGUUAAAUGUGACUCAGAAGCGUCUGCUCUCGAUGCUUUUGUGAAUUGCACAAAUCUGCUCUUGCUUGAAAUUGAAAAAUUACUCUUGAAGAAAAAUUUGAAAGCACCGCAAACAUGUCAGUAUCCACAUGAUUCACUUCAAAAUUUAAGAAAAGAAGUAUCAAAUGUAAUACCAAUACGCACACCGUUCACAGAAAUAUUCACCGAUGGCAAAGAAAUCUAUGUCCUCUCCAAGGAAGAAGAGAUCACUCUCGCUAUAGAAUGCAAUUUGCUUAUUAGUGGCGCCGAGUACAUAAUCAACCAUCUAAUCUGUUCUGGGAGUCAAAGGGCGCAACAGCUGCAGUGGAGGCGCAAGAAUUGA